AUGGCUGAGACUUUGAAUAAGAAGAGGAAUAAGAAGAAGAAGAGGAAAAGGACAAGAAAGUGGCGAAGGAAGAAGAAAAAGACGAAGACGGGAGGGAAAAGGACGCCCCUAGCAGCAGGCAGAGAUGGAGAUGAACAAAUAGUUAUUUGGAGCAGAGAGAUAGAGAUAGACAGAGAUAGAGACAAGAGACAAGAGACAGAGAUAGAGAUAGAGAUAGAGAUGGUCGAGAAGAGGCCGCCGUGUUCUGUAACGAUGAGUGUUUCGAGCAGAAAAGGGGCCAACGACGGGCAGGGAAGAAGCAAGAAGAGGGACAAAGACAGACAGACAGACAGACAGACAGACAGACAGACAGUAGUAGAAGAAGAAGAAGAAAUGGCUAGAGGCGAUCGCGGGGCGGUUGCAGAGAGAUCGGGUAGCCGAUGUCUUAUAGGCAGGGAUGGGCCGGCUGGCGGAGAUUUGAUAUUGGAUAUAGAUGAAGGAGGAGAAGAAGAAGCAGAAGAAGAAGAAGAAGAAGUAGACGGAGACAAUGAAGUAGACGAUGGAGAGGAGUAA